AGCUGCCCGUAGCUAUUUUAAUUUUAGAAAAUAAAAAGAUAACACCUCUCUUUGCAAAACCCUCCCGCUUCUUCACAGCAUUCGAAAUAAUACAAAUCCCACCAUUUCAAAUCACCUCCUUCUUCUUCGUCUUCUUAUCUGCAGAUUCAGUUCUAUAGCAAACCCACAACCAGUGGACCCCCAACCAUUCCACUCUCUCUCUCUCCAGAAUUCUAGAGAGAGAAAGUAAAGGUCCUGCAGUCACAAACCCUUGCUGACUGCUAUUCCUUCCUUCCAGUAGGGUUUUUGAGGACCUCUCUCUCCCCUCUUCUCUGUUUCUCGGCUUCAACGGCUUUCGUAGCUUAAGUGAGGAAACAAAUGGCUAUGGAAAUCACUCAGUUUUUAUUGGCUGCUCAAUCAGCUGAUGCAAAAGUGCGCACUGACGCGGAGGCUGCUCUUAGACAAUUCCAAGAGCACAACCUACCAGCUUUUCUUCUGUCUUUAUCAGUUGAGCUUGCAAACAAUGAGAAACCCACUGAAUCCCGUCGGUUGGCUGGUAUUGUUCUUAAGAAUUCAUUAGAUGCUAAAGAUGCUGUUACAAAGGAGCAACUUGCACAGCAAUGGUUGACAAUUGAUGUUUCUAUUAAAUCCCAAAUCAAGGACUUCCUCUUAAGGACCCUCGGGUCACAUGUUCCAGAGGCUAGGCACACUUCUGCACAAGUUAUUGCAAAAAUUGCUUCUAUAGAGAUCCCCCCGAAGCAGUGGCCUGAUCUAAUUGGGAUAUUGCUUAAGAAUAUGACACAGAAAGAUAGCCCUGCUGGUUUAAGACAAGCAACCUUGGAAUCUCUGGGAUAUGUGUGUGAGGAGAUUUCUCAUAGGGAUCUUGAGCAAGCAGAAGUAAAUGACGUUCUUACUGCUGUAGUCCAAGGCAUGAAUCUUGCUGAAAAUAGUGUUGAAGUUCGUCUUGCUGCAACAAGAGCUCUCUAUAAUGCCCUUGACUUUGCUGAGACGAACUUUCAAAAUGAGAUGGAACGGAAUUACAUCAUGAAGGUGGUCUGUGAUACAGCCAUGUCUAAGGAGGUGGAAAUUAGGCAGGUUGCUUUUGAGUGUCUUGUGUCUAUUGCAUCAACAUACUAUGAGGUACUUCAACCAUACAUGCAACAUCUCUUUGAGCUAACAUCAAAUGCUGUAAAGGGAGAUGAAGAGGCAGUUGCCCUCCAAGCAAUUGAGUUUUGGAGCUCGAUUUGUGAUGAAGAGAUAGAGCUUCAAGAGUUUGAGAGUGAUGAAAAUGGGGAGUCCGGGGCUCCACAUUCUGGCUUCAUAGAGAAGGCACUACCUUCUCUGGUUCCAAUGUUGUUGGAAACCUUACUGAAGCAAGAAGAAGAUCAAGACCAGGAUGAUAGCAUUUGGAAUGUGUCCAUGGCUGGUGGGACAUGCUUAGGUCUUGUUGCCAGGACAGUUGGUGAUUCCAUUCUGCCCCUUGUGAUGCCUUUUGUGGAGGCCAACAUAUUGAAGCCAGAUUGGCAUUGUCGUGAAGCAGCAACAUAUGCAUUUGGCUCAAUCCUUGAAGGCCCAUCUCUCGAGAAGCUUUCCCUUCUUGUCCAUUCAGGUUUGGAUUUCUUGCUUAGGGCAAUGAGGGAUGAAAACAACCAUGUCAAGGACACAACUGCAUGGACUCUCAGUCGUAUUUUUGAGUUACUGCACAGUCCUGCUAGUGGAUAUUCUAUUAUAUCUUCUGAGAACCUUCAACGUGUUGUGGAAGUAUUAGUGGAAAGCAUUCGGGAUGCUCCAAAUGUAGCAGAGAAGGUGUGUGGGGCAAUUUAUUACCUUGCUCAGGGGUAUGAAGAUGCUGGAACCAGCUCUUCUCUUUUUACACCAUUUGUCCCAAGCAUCAUUGAAAGUCUUCUUGCAACUGCCAAUCGUACAGAUGGUGGUGACUCAAAGCUUAGGUCAUCUGCAUAUGAAACCUUGAAUGAGGUAGUUAGGUGUUCAAAUAUCGCAGAGACAUCUCAAAUCAUAGCACAGCUGCUUCCAGUGAUUAUGAAUAAGUUGGGGCAGACCACUGAAAUUCAGAUUUUAUCAUUGGAGGACAGGGAAAAGCAAGGAGACUUGCAAGCUUCUCUUUGUGGUGUUCUCCAGGUGAUUAUCCAGAAACUUAGCAGUGUUGACGAAACAAGGCCUGUGAUACUGCAGGCUGCAGAUCAGAUUAUGUUACUGUUCCUUAAGGUGUUUGCUUGCCGUAGCUCUACAGUCCAUGAGGAAGCAAUGCUUGCAAUUGGUUCACUUGCCUAUGCCACUGGUCCUGACUUUGGUAAGUACAUGCCUGAGUUCUACAAGUACCUAGAGAUGGGAUUGCAGAAUUUUGAGGAGUACCAGGUCUGUGCCAUUACUGUUGGGGUGGUUGGUGAUAUUUGUCGUGCACUGGAUGACAAGGUAUUACCAUUUUGUGAUGGGAUUAUGAACCUCCUGAUCAAGGAUCUUUCUAGUGAAGAACUCCAUCGGUCUGUGAAGCCUCCAAUAUUUUCUUGCUUUGGGGAUGUUGCUCUUGCAAUUGGAGAGCAUUUUGAGAAGUAUGUCCCAUAUGCACUGCAAAUGAUGCAGGGAGCUGCCCAGCUUUGUGCUCAGAUGCACACAAGUGACGAUGAGUUACUGGAAUAUGGCAACCAGCUCAAGCGUAGCAUAUUUGAAGCAUAUUCUGGUAUUCUACAGGGGUUCAAGAAUUCAAAGUCUGAGAUCAUGUUGCCAUAUGCCCAAAAUCUAUUGCAGUUCAUAGAAAUUGUCUUUAGGGAGAAGCAGAGGGAUGAAAGUGUGACGAAAGCUGCUGUUGCUGUGAUGGGUGAUCUUGCAGAUGCACUUGGUCCAAACACAAAGAUACUGUUUAGAGAUCGAGCAUUUUAUGCCGACUUUUUGGGUGAGUGCCUUCAAUCUGAUGAUGAACAGCUCAAGGAGACAGCGACUUGGACUCAAGGGAUGAUUGGACGUGUCAUGGUUUCAUGAGAUUAGCCAGCCUAGUCACUUGCAUAUUUGUUUUUGGUAAAGGUGAAGGGUAUUGGAACACAAAAAAUGUUAUUAGGGUCUGAAAUCAUUGUCUUCAGAAUUGCAGAUGUGAAUCCUAAAUUUUCUGGAAUUCUUUUUUGGAAAAGAAAUUAGCUUUAUGGGUAGGGAAAGAACUUGUCAAUUGUCAGCAUAUAUGAAGGCCACUACAUGGAUGUGGCUGGUUACUGUAUUGUGAAACUCUGUUUAGUGUAAUGAAUCCACUGAUCAGUGGUUUGAGUCAUCUUUAGUUUA